CCCGUCCAGACUCCACACCACGCACAGCACCCACGGGGGGACAUUUGUCCCGCCGCGUUCGGACAAAAUAUAUCGGCUUCCAACGUGACUUCGGCCCUCGUUUCUGCAACUUGAACGCGACCUUUCGUUUCAAGCAUCGAACGGAUCAGAAACGCAAGUAGGCAUGUUGGGGACAGGCAGCGCUGAGAGUGAAGAACUCGACCACGGCGUUGAUCACACCAGCAUUUACAGCCGCUUUCCGGGACGAGAAGAGCAAAUCGAGGCUCUUUCCUUGCUAUUCGACAAGGACAUCCCAACCCCGCCAGCCCUCCUCAUCACUGGCCCCCGGGGCUCGGGCAAAACCACUCUCCUAAAAUCCCUCCUGCAUGCCAACCCCGCCGUUCGCUACGCAUGGCUAAACUGCGUCGAGCGAUUCACGCCCCGGCUGCUGUUCGAGAGCGCUCUAGCCCAAUUGGCGGGUUUCCAACCGGAACCGCUGGGGAACGAUUGUGCGGGUCCCUGGGGGACGUGGGCAAGGUGUGAUAAUGUGGCGGAUUUUAGGGCGAGGUUGGGGGAGGUGCAGAGAGGGUGGGGCGACGCUGGGGAGGGGAUAAAAACGGUUUUGGUGUUUGACGACUGCGAGAGGUUAAAGACUAUCAAUCCUCUGUUACUACCCGCCCUCCUCCGUCUGGAAGAUUGCGUUGCCUCCAACAUAACAAUCCUCCUAAUAAGCCACCUAACUUGGGACGACUUCCGCUCCACCGCCGGCUCCUUCGAGCCCUACACCCUCGCAUUCCCCGCUUACGGCAAAUAUGACACCCUACGCAUUCUCGAGCGUGACUGCCCGCCCGACGAAGAACUGGCAUUCUUUACGAAUUUCGUUGAGCUGCUUUAUGAUAUGUUUCGGUACCCGUGCAGGGAUCUGGGCGAGCUGAGGUACCUCGUCAAGGUUUUCUUUCCGAAGUAUUUGGAGCCGGUGCGGAAUGGGACUUUCACACGAGAAGAAACCUCCAAACUCUACGGCCGCUUCGUCCCCUACUUCAAAGAAGCCCUCGAGCCCAUCUACCUCCGGCAAGUCUCCAGCCUCGACCAGAUGAAAACUUCCAUUUCCGACUAUACCCAUUCCGUCAUCUUGACUGCCACGUCGAGAGCGGUCGAUCUGCCACAUUAUACGAAAUUUUUGGCCAUUGCGUCGUUUUUGGCGUCGUACAACCCGCCACGGCUGGAUAUGCGGUUCUUUUCGAAGGGGGGAGAGGAGGGGAGGAAGAAGAGGGGUGGCGGGAGUGUUAAGGGGAGGGUUAAUAAGGAGGGCGGGAAGCUCCGCCAACAACUCCUCGGCCCAAAAGCCUUUCCCCUCGAACGCCUUCUCGCCAUCUUCUACUCCAUCAUCCCCGACGACAUGGAUGCCACCGUCGACGUGUACAUGCAGCUCACGACCCUCGUCAACCUCCGCCUCCUGAUACGCAUCAGCCCGCCGGAUAAGUUGGACGGCGUCAAGUGUAAAUGCAAUAUGAGCUAUGAGACGGUUGCCGCGGUGGCUAGAUCGGUGGGGUUUGCGGUGGGGAUGUAUUUGUUUGACUUUGAGUAGGGAGGAGGAGUGCAGGGUAUAAGGAAACUGUAGGUAGAGCUCUCUAUAUAUAUUUUUUUUUGGGGGGGGGGGGGGGGGGGUGGGGGGGGAAUG